AUGAAGAUCCCCGUGUGGCUUUGCCCUGCUAUCCUCCUGGUGGGGUUCGUACCCGAUGAUGAGUGUCGAGCCUUACAGAACUCCGUAUCAGCUAAACUCGGCUCCGGUCAGCAUUCAGACUUCCAGCACUUAGUCCCACCGGGGGGAUUUCGCUUCGACGAGGAAUACCUUAAACCACAGGUCAAAGCGUACGAUAAUCCAUCAUCCCAUCCUGGUCGAAAGCUAAUUGAAAUCUUUCCUUUCGACGGAGCUUCCAGAAUGCCACUGGCACAGUUCCAGCGCAUCCUACCUGGUGCAGUUGGAGGAGCGGAUGACGUGUACGGCAGACACCAAGAUUCAGUGGAUGAGGCGAUAGAGCGAGGAAAAAGACGGGGCACGCCUCUUCUUUCCCUUAAUGUACCUUUGCAUGUACUGAAUAAACUGCUCGCGAUAGCUAGGGUGCAGCAAAUGGCCAAGCAAGCAGAGGAAAACAAGAAAGUAAUGGAUUCAAUCGGGAAAUAG